GGCGGGGGACGGGUGCUGCAUUUGCUCCAGUGCGUUGGUGUGGAGUUCAGAGAAUUGGUGCCACGGCGCUCGCCUCCACUCCAGUUUUGUUUUCGAAAGUAAAGAUUCUUCGAGAGUAGCUAGCGCUACAUAUCUAUGGACUACGAUGGCUGCCACUAUGUGUGCAGUUCAGCCAGCAAGGCCAACCUUUCCGAUGGCAGGUUUGCAAGACUACGCCGCUCGCGGAUUCCGUACGGACCGUAGCGCAGAGCCGCGACCUGACCGAUACAACCCGACUCGGCCAAACUCUCUCUCAGUCUCCGCUGAUACAGUGAGUGCCGAGGCUCUCAGUAAUCUCUGGACCCCCGACAAAGACCCAGGAGACUCUGGCGAUGGCACGGCAAGAGGGCAAAGAAGCAACUCCAGUCGGUACAAGACGGAGCUAUGUCGUCCAUUCAUGGAGACAGGCUCCUGCCGUUACGGCGAGAAGUGUCAGUUUGCUCAUGGCGCAGCUGAGCAGCGAGCUAUCGAGCGACAUCCAAAGUACAAGACCGAAGCUUGUCGUACAUUCUACAAGGACGGCUUCUGUCCGUACGGCUCUCGUUGCCACUUCGUUCAUGAACCAAACGAGUCUCGAGAUGAUCACCCUACAACUCCAAGUGGUUCUGUUGGAGUAUCGGACACGCUCUCCAACCCCGUCACUCCUCUAGAUCAAGGUACAGUUGCCAGAAUCGCUGGUCUCUCUCUGCAGAGUUCGAUGGGCUCUGCUAACUCCCCAGUGAUGCGAAAUCGGCCUCUAGGUCAGCACACUGCUCAGACAAACUCGCCAAGAAACACAGGAAGACAUGGACCUGGACGUACGCCAUCAUCGCCACCACUGGCAGGUCGCGUUGGUCCUGUGACUACUUGCACAGAUCCAAGUCAUAUUGGAAGGGCCUGCAACUGUGCUCAGUCAACACCACCUACGCUGGCCCGACGUUAUUCAGCUGAUAUGCCCAGCAGGCCUGCUAAUCAGAAUUCUCCACCAGCAACCAACAUGAGCCAUGCUGCUGCUGUGGGAAUGGCAGGCUCCAUGGUUGGUGCUGUCAGCACUAGCUACUCUGGUGUGCCUGCUCAAACUCCACCUGCUGCUGCUGCACAUGGACGGAGUAACAGAGCUUUAUAUCAGCGCAGCUCUUCAGUUCCUUUGACGGACAGCUCCAAGACCAAGGGAUUCCCACUUGCAGUAGGUCAGCUGCCAACACCGACGCACACUGAUCAACCCAUCAGCCUGGAUGAAUUCCCAUGGGGUAGUGUUCUGCGUCCACAGAACCAAAGUUCCAGCAGGUCCAGGUUGAACAUGGAAGGCCUGGAUAACGCCAUCACUCUUCUGGCACAAAAGUCCACUCCGGCCAUGCUCGGAUUGUCGUCCAGUUCCCAGAGUUCGCGCUUUGAACCAAUCCCAGAGCAGCAGCAGCAAAGAUUGUCACCAACUGGAGCUCAUAAUCCUAUUGCCAGUCGCUGGUAAGGCACUUUCAUAUAGCUGUAUAUACAUCUCCCCACUGUUAUAAGCUGCUUUGGCCAGGAGGGCUAAUCUGCAGUCGACAGCACGUUGUGAUCAUAACAUUUUUCAGGCUAUACGCCAUUCCUUACCGCCACCAUCAUGAUUUACCCAUCUUCUCUUCAUUUUAACAACUCAUCUAUUAUUUAUACUGCCAGUUACGCCGCUAAGAAUACUAUAGAAACAAUGCUGGUGUUUAAACUAUCCCUCUGUGUGUGUGUGUGUGUGUGUGUGUGUGUGUGUGUGUGUGUGUGUGUGUGUGUGUGUGUGUGUGUGGUGUAGAUUAGCUGUUGUGUCAAUCUGCUUUGUUACCACUAAUCCCGCUACUCUAUUUUCACUUUUUAAAAGAAGCGUAGUUUCCAAUGUGUUUCCUAGCUUACUUCUUGUAGUUCCUCAACUAACUGCUGCAUGGAAUACUUGGCGUGCCACUGUAUUUUCUUGGUAUAGUGCUGUUGGCAAAGUUAAAACUUGCUAGUAAUUCCAUUGGGUGCAUUCAAUAGCCAGCAUUGCUUGCUUCCCUCCUAUCAUUAUUCUGGCAUUAUCAUCGCAGAGUGUUGUACAGCUUUGCCAAAGUCUUGUCUUCUACACUGCAUUCUAAUUUAUUUCUGUUGUUCAGCAGCCGUCCUAGUUCUAGUCAGCAGGAACAUGUCAUCUUAGCACUGUGUCUACAUGCAGUUCCUCCUUUCACUCAGCCUAUUUUCGUUUUCUAUCGUCAUCUUACGUUGAAAUUGAGUGCUCUAAUUUAUCUUACCCCUACCCUCAUUACCAUCCAAAACUUGUCUCAGUAUUCUCUUGUUUGCUUCUCUUGUACAAUUGUGAUAUAACUCUCCCCAUUUCAAGGUGAUUGAAAUAUCAAAAAAGCGUGUCCAGAA